AUGACUUGGGACCGCUUCAAGCAUUCCGAGUCACACGGUACGUUUCCACCGCGACAGAAAUACGCUGCUCGUUACAGUGCACACAUCCCCCUCCCCUCCCCCUGCAACAGCCCCUAUCUGCAGCCCGUGUCCACAUUUGGCUCCCUGGCGGCCUGUGUCACGAGUUCUGACGACAAGCGAGAGGCUCCGCGACCUUUCACUAACUGUGAUGUCAUGCUCUGGUUCAUUUACAUAGCGCCGUACUAA